AGCUAAGCUUGUAUCACUCUCAAAUCCCCUCCAUUCCGACACUUCUCCUUCCACUCUUCGUUACCCAUGCAGUCGGGCCGUGACUCGCCUCUUCUACUCCUGGGUCGUGCUUGAUAUUGCUUGUCAGCUCUUUUCUGAGCCCUCUAACCUCCUCCACCAAUUUGUUCCAUUAUCCCCCUCUCCCCCCACGCCGACUUGAAGCUUCUCCGCAAUCAUGACCGCCGGACUCAAAACAAUCAUCGCACUCUCCUUUAUCCUUGCCAUUGGUUUUCUUCUUGUGAUCCUUUCCUCGGCUCUCUGGCACAACUUCCUACCAUUGAUAGUUGUUGCGACUUACGUUGUUGCUCCCCUGCCCAACUGGAUCUGCUCACGAUGCGCCAACCCCGAUGACUUUAUGGACAGCUCCGGCAAUGCUGCUGCCGAUUUUGGCCGCUUUAUGACUGGAUUUUUGGUGCUGAUGGGUAUUGCCCUUCCGGCCGUUCUUGCACAUUGCGGUGCGAUUGAGAUUCCGGCCAUGGUUAUGUCAAUCAUCGGAGGUCUCCUCAUCUAUGGCACCAUCAUUAGUUUCUCCAUGUUCUUCAAGGAACAGGAGGACUUCUGAAUGCCGAGAGUCGCUCUUUCCAGCAAGGCAGGCUUCGCGUUGGAUACCAACCUAGCAGAAUGCUUCGAUCGGCCUAGCAUGAACCUAUUCCCUCCAUGUGUUUACCAAUGAAUAUCUCAUUCUUUACGAGCCAUCGAUUUGAUUUACCGUUUGGUAGGAGUACAGAUGUGACUUUGCGUGCUUAUGGGGUUUGCUUUCAAUUUUGUUUUUGUCAUGUCUGGCGAUACGGUUGAUGUAUUAUAGCCACUAUGCAAUUAUAUAGAGUAUUGGCAGCACAGGCU